UGGUUAGCUAGCAAAGUAUCAAGUGCGGUGACCAACACACAGGGGGCAAGACCGGCGUCCUCUUUAGUGAUUUCUCCUGCAAGCUGAGUUUGGUGCCCGUCGGACAAAUGGCGAAAGCGGUGGAGAUCAAGGCAUACCGUAACGAGGCGGCUCCACUGAAGGCUCACGAGCAGACGUUGAUGGUGAAGGUUACUGCACCGGCGACCGGGAAGAAGGAGACGGCGGCUCUGGACAUCGUAUUUGUCCUUGAUAUCAGUGGAAGCAUGGCGGGAGAUAGGAUCGCCAAGAUGAAGAAGACCAUGGAGUUUUUCGUCAAAGAAAAGAUGGGCGCUGAAGACCGACUUGCCAUCGUCCCAUUCUCUUCCGAUGCUAAUGAUAAAAGCCAUGCAAAGCUUGACCGCAUGAAUGACGACAAAAAGAAGAAGGCCGUGGUGGCCUUCAUCAAUGGCCUGAAAGCCCACGGCGACACCAAUAUCGCGGCCGGCCUCGAGUCCGCCGUUAAGAUGCUGGUGGAGGGUCGUCGUCCGGACCGCGCAUGCGUCAUCUUUCUCUUGACGGACGGUGCGCAGAAUCAUGGUGACGCUAGGAAAGUGAAGGAUGUCAGCAAAGUCAACGUCCAAACCUAUGGUUUUGGUGAAAAGCACGAUCCGACGCUCCUCUACGAGCUGGCACACAAGAGCCAUGGAGGCGCAUUCCACCUUGUUAAGGACAACAGCGCCGAAAACAAUCUUGCGGACGGCUUUGGCAUGGUGCUGGGACGCUUCCGCGACAUCUCGGUCCUGAACGUGAGGGUGACGCUGAGGGUGACACCCAAGCAAAAAGAGCCGGAGAAAAUACACGACGUGGAUCCUGGUUCCUACCCAACGGAACACGACAAAGAAAAGGGCUCUUUCACCGUGGAAUUCGGCGAUCUUGCCCGCCUGGAGGCACGCAGGACCAUGCUCCUCCUACACCUCCCCAAAGUCCACAAGGAAGAGAAAGGAAAGACUGUCCUUACAGUCGAAUGUUUAUAUAGACUGGCGGGAGCUGCAAAGGACACCAAGGUAGGCCCGCAAGAAGUGAAGAUGGAUCGAUCCUCAAAGGCAAACACGGAUGAAACCAAGCCUGAGGUGGAGCUGGAGCUAUUCCGUCGCAAGCACGCAGCCGCCGUAGACGAAGCAACGAAACUGGCCGAGAAGAAGAAUUUCGCAGGUGCCAGAGAAAAACUGGCCGAACGCCUGAGCGCCCUGGAUGACCUCGACAACCCCAAAUCCGAAGACCUUGUCGGCUUUCUAACCACGCAGAUGGAGCACAUGUUCGACCACAUGGGGUCACAGGAAGAGUACGACAAGAAAGGCAAGGCCUUAGCACUGUCUAUACUCUCGUCGCACGCUCGCCAGCGUCCAACUGUGCAGGGCCACGUCCACGACGACUCCCUCUUUUACUUGAAGCGUGACAGCAAGUACGUUGCACAAGCCAGGCAGUUCCAUAUCAAUCCCAACACCCGCUUCUGAAUCCAGCACCAGGUGCCCAACCCUAAUAUAUAAUCCAUCGGUCCAUCAAAACGUCGGCGACCUUGAUCGAUGGUCACCACUUUAUUUCUUUGCUUAAUUUUUACUAGUUAUUCUUUCACAAGAAUAAGACGAGUCCGUCAAAAACAUGUGUACAACCCGUGAACCUGUGCGGAUGCCCGGGCCGGUAUUUUUUUUUCCUUGUUUCAACUAAGUUGUUUAUUUUUAUUUUACCACCAAAGUGAUUAUAUAUUUCUUUCGUCUCACACCAUAUGCAUGCAAUAUUGAUCCGUUACUUUUCCUUUUUCCUUUUGAGCGCCCGCGUCUUUUGUCACAUGCACCAACACGCUCCUACAGCUUCGGUACAACUCCUCCAUAAACGCCCCCAUGCAUGCCUACAUUGUCUAUCCACCAUCCAACGUACGUACGUCCGUCCGUCGUACAGUGCAUGUCCUACAUUGUCUAAACAACACCCAACGUACGCCCGUCCGCCCUACAGUGCAUGUCGUACUGUUACGUAAAAUAAAACCCGCGCCUACCCGACCCCCACAACAAUAACCCUAAUUACAACAAACAAAUAGACCGAUUCA